AUGUGUUGGGAUGAUAAGGAACCAUCAUCAUCAUCAUCCCAAAGAUGCGUUUUGCUUCAUUUUACCAACUUUCCUCCACCCCCUCCUCCUCCACCUGCUCCUCCUCCUCCUCCUCCUCCUUCAACUCAUCCUCCUCCACCCCUUCUAUUUCUCAUCACUCUUCCACCAACCAUUUCCUUCCUACCUUCACUUCUAUCAUUUCAUCAAAUAAAAAAAGAAGCAAAAGAAAGCUUAAGGUAUCGGUGA